AUGACAAACAAAUUAAAAGAAAAUUUCUCUGCUCAAAAGUCAUUUAUGGGCAAAAAUUCAAAUCCAUUUUCAAAUUUGACAAAUGUGGAUGAUGGUUUUCUCGAAGAAGAACGUAAAGCAAUUGACGAAGCAUUGAUAUUAGCCGAGCUGGAAAAAGAAUUAACAGAAAAUCGUCGACAAAUGCGUACGUUAUACGGUUAUUCAUUUGAUGAAUUUCAACCAGAAGAUAUUUUGGAAAAUAUUACAUUGAAAAAAGAACAUCUACUUGAUGUUGAAACAAACGAAGAUGAAGUAACAAAACAUUUUUAUUCAAAUGAGAAGAAGAAAAGGAGUCAACCUACAGAAGAAACAAUACCAGAAGAAACAGAUUCACUUGAUAAUGAUAUAUUGCAAGAGCAAGAAGUUGCUCACGAAAAUGAGAAUAACAAUGAAAUGUUAGAUAAUGAUAGUGAAAAUCAAAAAAAAAAUCACUACUUACUAGCGAAAAAUAAUUCAAUUACAAGCGAAGCAGACAGUUUAGAGGAGACUAUUAACAAUGAAAACGAACAGGAUUACAUUCCGACUGAAUACUCAGAGAAUAGUGUAAUAUCAACGGAUUUGUAUAAUGAUGAAAAUAAACCACAGAUAGACGUUUUAAAAUCAACAUCAAAACAACAGUUGAACGGAGACAUACCAAAAUUUUUCCCAUUACACACAUCAACUACUAAUACUCGAUUUGUCAAAAAAUCACCCUUGGUAUUAACAAAACCUAAAACGUCGAAAUUAAAAAUGGCAGCACAAAGAGAUAGCAUUAUUUACGCAAAACCAAAACAACAAUCAGAUACAAAAUCGAGACUAAAUUUCAAUGAAGUUGAACGAAUAUUAGCCGUUCAUAAACGUGAUACAUCACCAAAUAAAGUUCAAAAUCGUCUCUUUAUUCCUACAAGUGACAUAUUUCAUACGGAAAAUAAUCAUGUGCCACGACGUCCAUCCAGUUUUGAAACAGAAUAUUUCCGAGGUUUUGUAAAAACCCUAGAUAAAAAACAAGUUCCAUCGGCUCCAACAACAACAGCUACAACACCUGUGAAAAAAUCAUUAACAAAAUCCUAUUCAAAUAUGUCAACAUAUACGGGAAAAAUUACACCCAUUGGAAUGACAGCUAUGGUACAAAGUACUCGUGACAAACGUUCACGAUCAUUAUCAGAAAAACGACUAGCAGUAAAAAUGGCCAAAGAAGUUGAACCAUUACCAAAUCAACCGUAUCUAUGGCAUAAAUUUUCAACAAAAUAUGCACCAACUCCAAAACAACAGAAAAAACAUAUUUCAUGGUCACCAGUAAGAGAAUACAUUAAUGAUGGACGAACGCAGGAUAAUGAUCAAAUGGCAAUAAACGCUAACGAAAUACUAAAUAAUAAAUUGAAAAAACAAACCGAAAAUUUGGCUUCAAUGAAAAGAAACAAUCAGCGAAUAUCUCGUUCUGACACAACGUCUCACACAGUUAGUAAUCUUCGACCAGCGUCAUCAAUAUCAUUUAUUCCUGUCUUACGUCAUCGUCCAUUUCCAUUAUCUUCAACUACAGAAUUUCGCCGUUCUGUACCACCAAUCAUGACAAAAACAGAUUCCUUUCUUACACCAACCACGACAAAAACAGAUUCCUUUCUUACACCAACAAUUCAUACAGCUGAUCGUACAAUUCUUGAACGAAAAGAUUCACCUGUAAAGGAAAUAAAUGUUACAAAUGAAAUUUCUGUUAAUAAACGUCAAAAUGAUUUUGAACGGUAUUAUUCAGAACUUGGUAGUGGCCGAGUCACUCAUCCACAAACAAGUAGCCGUCUUUUACAAGCACAGCGAUUUCCAAAGCAAAAAUCAGAUGACAACAGUUUCCAAGAUAAAUUACAUAAUAUUAGUAAAAAGUUGCAAACAAAAAUGGAUACGAUAAGAAAUUAUAUGAAAAAAAUUUAUCCGAUUAUAUUUACAAAAACGGGAAUGAGAGAACAAGAGAGUACGCUUAAGCAAUAUGAUAAAUUGUUAGAAAAAAUGAGAGUAACAGAUGAACAAUUACAAUCGUUAACACUCCCUUGGAACAAAGAGAACAAAGAAAACAAAGGAACAUUAACAUCAAUUGUUAAUAGAACAAAUGAGCUAGAGAGAUCAAAACAGCGAACAAUAUGGAGUUAUUUUUCUCCAUUAGUAUUACAAACAAUUUUCAUUGUUUUAUUUAUAUUCAAUAUUAUAUUUAUUUAUUAUUUCAACGAAUUAAACCUUCUAUGGAAACAAUUUCGAGCUGAACCAGUUGAUGAAAACCAUAAUCCUCUACCAUUAGAACAAAAAACGGCUACAGACACAAAAGUACAAUAA